CGUACUUCCUGUAUUGUCACACUGCUUCUAAUGUCUUGCGGGAACGCUGGACUUGCACAGAUUCAAACAUGACAUCUAUCUAGCGUUAGAUGUCGCCUACAUUUUCCUUUAACUGACGGUUUGCUGUGGUGAGGGAUUUCAUCGGUGCCCUUUGCUCGUUUUGACGGUCUUCCCUUCAUCCCUAGUCGGGUAAACAAAUACAGGUGUCGUGAUGAGCAAGGCGAGGUUGAGCAGAGACAGAAGAGCGGCAUCGGUUGGGGUCUCCAGAGUCACCCGCAGCUCCAUGAUGAGUCCUCAGGACUGUGAGCGCAGCAGAGCUCCAGACCCCGGCCUGCUGGACGAGCUCAGCCUCAUGAGUGUCAGUGAACAGCAGGCCUCAGCCACACGGAAAGGUAGUAGUAAGCCUGCUCUGUCCUCACCCUCUGGACGCUCAGUAUCGCGCGGGGCUUUGGAAACCAUCGGCAGGCUGAUGAAGCUUGGUCGAGUGCGAAACAUUGUGGUAGUUGCUGGAGCAGGAAUCAGCACAGCCAGCGGGAUCCCAGACUUCAGGACUCCAGGAACGGGUCUCUACGCAAACCUAGCAAAGUACGACAUCCCUUACCCAGAGGCCGUCUUUAACAUCGACUACUUUUCUGACAACCCUCAUCCCUUCUUCUCACUGGCUAAAGAGCUUUAUCCUGGACACCACCGGCCCAACUACGUCCACUACUUCAUCCGCAUGCUGCAUCAGAAAGGCCUGCUGCUCCGCAUGUACACCCAGAACAUCGACGGUCUCGAAAAACUUUGCGGUAUCCCUGAUGACAAACUUGUGGAGGCUCAUGGGAGUUUUGCCACCGCUGCCUGUCACCUCUGCUAUACUCCUUAUCCUGCAGAGGAAGCCAAGCAAGCUAUAAUGAACGGGAGUGUUCCCAUCUGCACAUUCUGCGCUGGGGCCGUCAAACCUAAUGUUGUGUUCUUUGGAGAAGAUCUGCCGGAAAAAUACUUCCAACAUGCUGAAGAUUUCCCAAAAGCAGAUCUUCUCAUAAUCAUGGGCACUUCUUUAAAGAUUGAGCCCUUUGCCAGCUUGAUAAACACCGUGAAGUCCACAGUUCCUCGUCUCCUGCUGAACCGUGAUGCAGUCGGGCCCUUUGAACGGAGGCCCCUGAGAAGAGCCGACUACAUGGAGCUGGGAGAUCUGUCCGAAUCUGUACGCAAACUGGCAGAGAUCCUUGGAUGGCACACGGAGAUCCAGACCCUGAUGAACAGCCAUGAGAACGGUCUUUAUUCAUACAUCAGCAGCAGUGGUGAGAACAGCGGAGACUCUGAGACGGACAGCAUGCACUAAUAUCACUCUAAUCUCCUCGUGUAUGGAGAUUUAUUACUCCUUACAUCUGUGCGUUGUUUGUCUCUCCUCUCCUGACCACAUGAGCACAGCCUUAUUUAGUCAAACGAUGAAAUCUGGCCCUUUCUGGUGGCAUUAUUUUAAACCGAAAUCAUUGUCUGCAGAGUGUUUGCUGCUUUUGACAGAACCCCUGUCCUCCAGUUCUUGCAAUUGAGGCUGUCUGCAGGAAGACUGUACUGUAAUCUAAGCAGAGAACUGUAAGUAUGACAAAUCUUCACUUCCUGACAGAAAAAAGCUAAACUGUAUCUGAAUGCUGCUGGGAAGACAAACUAGACACAUGGCACUUACUUGAUUCAUUAUGGAAGGCUGAUUAUCUCUGGACUAGCCAAAAAUGAAUCAUGCUAAAAGCUACUUUUCCAUUUUACAAACUGUACAUAGGAUUUGAGGGAAUAGUUGGUUAUGAAUGGGUGCAGAUAAGAGUUAAAAGCUAGUUCACUUCAAAACUAAUAAUUUUUAUAAUGAUAUACUUAAUGUUGUUUCAAACCAACAGGACAUUCAUUCAUUCAUUCAUUUUUUUUUUUUUUUUUUUUUUAG